AGUGUUUUUUAGCCUUUCCUGCUUCUCUUUCUGUGGUUCAUCUCUUGCAAUUUAAAUCACAAGAAGACGAAAAUGUUGCAAAUGGAGGAGGCGAAAGCAGAGGUGGAGAAGAAGUUUUCUACACUCUUGAAGUAUGUCCAAAACAAAAACAAGAUCCCAAAGGUUACCAAGAAGGAGCUUGUUGGGAUAGUCAACGAUCUUCACGAGCAGUGUCAGUUUCUUUACUCUGUGUAUCAUGAUUUUGGGAGGAACAGAAAAUUGGCUGAUGCUUCUUCAUCGAGGUCUAGUUCGGAUUUGGAUUACUUUUCUUCAGAAGAAAUAGAUAUCAGCGGCGGUAAUGUUAGUGAAACAUUGAACUCUGACUAUGCGGUGUUGCUCAGAAAGGUACAAGAGACAGAGUUAACAAAUGAAGAGCUGAAGAGACAGGUGAGCAGUCUGAAACAGGAAGUGGAACAGGCGGGUAAUGUCAUAGGCAAGAGAAACGAGGACAGAGACCAUUUAAAGGACUUGAUGACCAAAGGUGAAGUUGCAUUGUUGUGUAACCAGAAGGGUGAGUUAGAAUCGCAGCUGGAGAAGAAAACCAAGGAAGUUUUGGAGAUACAGAUGAGAGUAAAGCGUUUGGAGGGAGAAAAAGAGGAGCAGGCUAAGGCCAAGCAGAAGAUUGUUGAAGAAAAGAAAGUUUUGUGGAACAAAGUUCAGAAACUUGAAAUGGGCAUGGAUACUUUCCAAAAACAGAGAAAAGAGAUGAGUGAGGAUUUGAAGAGUAAGAUCUCUGAGAUUGACCAUCUUAAGGAAGAGAAUCACAAGAUGCAUGCAAGAAUAGUGGAGCUUGAUUCACUACAGAAUGAGAGACAGAUGAAAAAUACUGAUGAAAAGAGUAAGAAACACGAAGAUAUCAUUCACCGGCUAUCAAUGGAGAUCAAGGAACAAAAGAAACUUGUUAAAGAACAUAAAGACACCAUUGACAAGCUCUCAGAAGAACAAAAGUUAAUGAAACGUUGGUCAUUUGGCUCUAAACUGAACACCAAUCUUCUCGAGAAGAAAAUGGAAGAAUUAUCUGAAGAUUUCCAGAUGAAAAUGGAAGAUCGUAUCCGGAUACUGUACAGGAGGAUCCAUGUAGCCGAACAAAUACACUUGGAGAGCAAGAAAAACUAUACACAAACACAAGGAAAAAGAGGAGAUCUCGCUGUCUCUGAAACCCAUUUCAAGAAAAUCAAAGAUAUAGUGGAGAAAGGGCUUGCUGGACCAGAGAUGGUAGUAAAGAAGCUUGAAGAAGGCGAGGACUUAACGACCCGAGUCACAAGAUUAGCCAAAGAUGUUGAUUUAGCUAGAAAGUGGGUGCGUGAGAAGAACAGCAAGAUGAAGCAUGAGGUGGAAACUCUGGAAGCGAAGCUAGAGUGCAGUGAAGCACAAGAAACUCUGCUAAAGGAGAAGCUCUCGAAACUAGAGGGGAAGCUUGGAGCGGAAGGAACAGGGAAGAUGAGUGUAGAAAAGGCUAUGAGAAGAAUCAAAAAGCUCGAGAUUAAUGUGAAGGAGAGAGAUGUUGAGUUGAUGUGUUUGGGGGAAGAGAAGAGAGAAGCCAUAAGACAACUAUGUGUUUUGGUUGAUUAUCAACGUUGUCGAUAUGAUGAUCUCAAAACAUCCAUUUGUAAGGUUGCCCUUCAAGCAUAAACUUCUUUGUUUUGGGUCUCUAACGUUGUAUAUAUUAUAUCUCUAUAAAAACAUUGUACAUAUUAAUGUCGCAAGAUUUGAGUAUUUUCCACUGAUGUAAAUGAAUGUUUUUGUAAAU